UGCUCUUCUUCCAACUCGUUUUCCUCUCUACUACGUCCAGCCAAGCCGUCUUCAUUUUUGGCAUAAAUCCAAGCUUUCCGGCCUCUACCUUUGGAGCAAACUAUAAUGGUGGCAUCCGCUUACAAUCUAGAGACAAUACCAACUCCAAUUUGCGAGGAAAGUAUACAACUACAUCUCUAUUUAACUUUUUGGCAAGACUUCAUAAGGGUUUAACAUCACGUAUUUGAAACUACAUAUUCUUUAGGUAUUGGAACAAUCUUUAACAGAGCCACAAAUAGACAUGAAGUUGGCGCGAAUGCUAACGGUAACAACAGUCCUAGAGUUAAUUACAUGAAUGACAACAGCAAGCAAGGCAACACGGAGAUCUAUUUUCGACGGCCAUUUUCAGAAAUACCAAACUACGUUCAUCGUGAAGCUGCUUUGGGAAGAUACGCCCUACUCCACGAUCUGCGCUAUUUGCAAAAAACCGUUGGAUCUCGUCACCCAGAAAUGUUGAAAGUCAACAUAUCAGAAGAAUCACCGCUCGGCAAAUAUUCCACUGCCAAUCUGAUUGAAGAUCUGCGUGCAAUUGAGAAAUCGCUAGCACAAGCUUUUCCGCGUAUUUGCAAAUUCAUACAAUUGCUGACAAGCACUACACCUCCUUUUUCUCUAACCGACUUUCCAACGGCAAGCGUCAGCCCCUCCAACAAACCUCUAGCUUUUUCUAGACAAGAUCUAACUGUUCUGAAGGCGUUUGCAGCAAAGGUCGUCUACACAAAGCUGACACUUUCACAAGGAGAAAGGACGCCAACUGCAUGAACUAACCCUAAGCUCAGACCUUGAAACGGUAGUUUUAUGCUUGGUUGACGUAGCUGCAUAAUUGUCGUGUGUCUUUCCGGUAAAUCUGUUGUUUACUUGAAUGCUUGCUUGCAUAACAAAGAGUGCAAUACAAUACAGUGU